AUGGCCAAUAAUUAUUCUCUUCUUCCUGAUGAAUUAAAAUUGUGGCAAAAUCUUUACACUCAAUCAUUAACAAUCGAUGGACAAGAAUCAAUUGUUCAAACAGAUGGAACAAAACAACUUGUUUUAUUACCAAUGAUGACGUAUACAGUUAUAUCAACAAUGAUUCAAAAAUUGAAAUUCCUUCCAAAUUAUUGUUUUAAUCGAAUUGUCAUCGGAGAAACUCCAAUUUGUGGUCUUCGUCCAUUGACUCAAACAAGUCCAUCAUUAAUGUAUAAACUCACAGAAAUCUUACGUACUAUUGUUGAUGGUGUUCGUAAACAACAUAUUCUUAGUAUCACAAUGAUCUUUUACAAAAAGAAUGAUAUUAAUAUGAUCUAUGAUUCAUAUUCACUUGUCUUUGAUUAUUCAAUAAAAUUGUCUAAUGAAGGAUCAACAACAUCCAUUCGAAUGAUUGCUGAUAUGAUUCAUCAAAUAGAAUAUAUGUUUAAUUGGAACGAUGUUUUACCCGAUGAUGCUGAACUUACAUUUAUUUUAACGGCACUUGAUCAAUUUGAAAAUAAGGAAAAUAGAGUUCCACCGACAUUUCAUUUUGUCGAAAAAAAUAUUGAGAAAGUUUAUAUGGAACAUGAAACAAAUCAAUUAAUGGGUCGAUUAACAACACCCGAUGGAAAAAUGUGGCUAAAAUUUUUACCUAGUACUCGUCAAUUAUCUGGAUCAAGCGUUCAUUCCGAUGAUUUACCUACAAAAGCAAAUCUGUUUGCUAAUAAACAAAACACAAUAGAAAUUGAAAAUGAUAACAUAUCAACAUGUUCAAUUCAAACCAUAGAGUCAAAUAUUAGUUUAUCACCAAAAGUAAAGAAAAGCAAUAAAAAAUCGACAGCUUCGAUAGAUACAGGUAAAAGUAUACCGAAUCUUCCAUCUUUAUCAUCAUCUAUAUCAACGAGAAAUAAAAAGAAAACCAGCUUAUUAGCAACAGUUAAAGCUUUAAUUACACCAUCACGUAAACCAGCUCCGAUGACUUCAUCAACACCAAAUGUUUCUGAUCUAGUUCUUAUCCGUCAUACGAGCACACCAAAUCCUGGUGAAACAGCAUCUCGCAUUACUGUGGGUGCUAACAAUGAAUUGCCACCUCUUUCAGCCAUCUAUGAAAUUUCAAUACCUGCUAAUAUGUCUUCACCAACGCCAUCAACUAUAACUGCAACUGAUAUUUCUACAGCAACUACACCAAUGAUUGCUAUUGCACGUCGAAACACAGGACGAGCAGCAACUGUACGUGGCCAAACGACAGCUGCUCGAAGACAGAUUGCUGCAAUGCAAAUUCGAGAUGAUGAUGACGACGACAACGAUGACGAUGAUGAUGAUGAACAAUUUAAGAAACUUUUUAGUAGACGAAAAACAAAGAAAUCAAAAAAUACUGCAGCAGUUCCAACAAGAAAUAUUACUGAUUUAUGUGAAGUUUCAACAAUAUCUUCUGCCAUUUCAAAUAAUGAAUCAAUAUUUACACCGCCAACCACACGUAAACGACUGACAACUGAUCGAUUCGGUGAUGAUGAUCUUGCAGCUGAACAUAGUACACCACCAAAAACGCCCCGUACGUCUCGUCACAAUCGAAUUGAAGAUCAAACAUCUAUUCAAUCAACACUAAUGGAUACAAGUAAUAAUCAAGUUAUUAUUGAUUCACCUCGACUUCUUCGUAGUGUUACAAAAAGACUUCAACAACAAGCAUCAGCUAAAAAACAAUUAGCGUAUGAAACAGAAGCAAUUGUAUUUGAUCAAUCGAAAACACAAAAUACAACAAAAGAUCAAGAAGAGAUGGAUUGUGUCUACGUUAAAUUGGAGCGAUCGUCAAUAGGUCUACAUUAUUCCAUGGAAGAAUCUGAUUGA